ACUGAACCACUCAUUCAGAACUAUAACCAGUAACCAUAGCAGAACAAUCAUGAAAGCAAAGAAAAUGCUGAUGAGAAUCUUUCGAAAUGCGAGGAAGGUGGCCGGAUCUUGGCCGGCGAUCGACGAGUACGACUUCGUCGAGGACUUGUCUUCCUGGGAAUUCGUGAUCCCUUCCGACGACGACGACGAUCACGAAGCCUACUACUCCUUGAACGAUGAAGACCUCCCCCUCAAGGUCUUCAUCGACGACGGGGUUGAAAUUGGGAUCGAACCAGAGGAUAUCGUUGGUGAAACUGGGCUGAAACAAGACGAUUCCUGUCUGCAUGGAUCUCCGUCUUCGGAUGUCUCCAUGGAAUCUCCCUCGCCCGCCCAAAUCACCGUCGCACUUGAUGUUGCGCCCGUUGGACUCAAUGACUGCACAAAUGAUCACGGCUAUGUCCCUGAUUAUGAUAUUGACAAUGAAGAGGAAGACUAUGACGAGGACGACGGCUACGAUUAUGAUUUGGAUGAGGAGUUGGUUCCUUAUUGUGCAAGGAACAAGGUCGCGAAGCAGCAGAGGAUGAAGAAACUGAGUAAAAUGACAUGUCCAAAGAUGAGCAAGCUGAAAAGCUCGCCCUAUUACUGCAACAGGCCAGGCGCUACCUUGAAGAUAAGUGUGCAUGCCAAGAACUUGCCCAAACUCAGUGUUGCUAGUCAUGGCAAAACUGUCGUUUCAAAUGGUGCAAACAUCAGCUUUCAAACAACAGUCUGCAAAAUGUGCAGAAGUUCUUUGGCUAUUCAAACAGCCUGUUGCUCUGUGAUCCCUACCAAAAAGAAAUUAAACAGGAACCAUUGAUAUGGAUCCCAUUACAACUUGAUUUUGCCCCCUGCAUCAUAGUUCUGGAGAAUAUGCAACAGAAAGGACUAUCAUUUUGGUUGAGGUGAGCAAUCCUUGGUUUGUUCUUCCAAAACAUCAUUUUGGUUUGAUUGAGGUGAGUAAUCUUUGGGUUGUUCUUCUAAAACACAUCAUUUUGGUUGAUUGAGGUCCCUUGCAAAUGCAUGUUUAGCUACUCUGUUUUUGUGAUAUGUCUUUCUUUGAAAGCUUAUUAGCUACAAAAUGUACUUUCUAUUAUCGCAAGUGAAGGAUUCAUGGUCCAAUAGCAUAAAGAGAAUAAUGAUCAAACAGCAUGCUAACAUCAUUGCAAGUUCAAUGCUCAGUAAAUGAUUUCAUUUGGAGUAUUGCUGCUAAAGAAGAGAUUGGUACUUUGUAUAGAGACCUUUGUGGUGCUUCAUAUUACAGAUAAAUUAUUCUUAUAGUUGCCAUUAUCAUUCUAAUUUUUGCCUGUUUUACAAGCAAGAUGGUUACAAGUUCACUUUCACUUUGCUUAACAAGGAAAAGGAUCAACAGUGGUGCAAUCAUUACCCACUAC